GGAGCCUCUGGUUGCUGAUACGCUCGCCCCUCUUCGGUCACUAUGGUAAAUCUGUGUGAGAUCUAAGCUGCGCGCUACCCAUUAAGGCCCGCUGCUGCCAGUCACGCCACGCCUGGUCCUCCGCCUCCGCCCAAUCGCCCUACCCCUCUUGCUGCUGCAGACACUGCUCCACGCAGUCCACAACUCACACCCACAGCCGCACACAGUCUAGCACCCUCACUUCCUCGCACGCUCCCCCCCCCACUACCCGUGUCAGCGGCUAGAGCCCUGGGCCCACUCCACCGCCCUCAGCCACCAACACUACUCUUCGAGCUAGCCAGCCAUCGCAGGCCUGUUUUCCUCUUCCUCUUCCAUACCAUCCUUUCGACUUUAUCGCAUCGCCUCCUCUACACUAUUGCCCAUCAUUAGUCUCUCCAUCAGCGCAACGACGCAAAGGGUAGCUCCCUUCCUCAUCAUCUUCUCCUCUCUCAUCCCGCAAUAACGCUAAUGAGGGGAGGACCUGGCAUGAUGGCAGGAGGGUCAGACGCUGGCUACCCAGCUCACACCUAUCAGCAGCCUUCAUCCUCAACCCCCUUCUCCACCUCUUCCGGUGGCCAUCGCUCUCCCUUUUCCUACGCUCCCUCGUCGUCGAGCUCUCAGCCCUCGUCCACAUUUGCCUUUGCCAGGCCGAUGCGAUCUCCCUCGCCCAGGCCCCCUAUGACCAGCUUGAAUGGGCCCUCGAAAUUCACCAGCGCCUCUGCCAAUGCUCCGCGAUACGGCGAGGCCACGGGGCGAGGAGAGGAAAUCAACUACGGCGACGACGAAGACGAAAUCGAUUCAAUGUCACCUUCGGCGUCGCAUUCCUCCUUACCUUCGGCCGCAAAGAAGAUUCGCCGAACUCACGCAAGGCGAUCCUGUCUCGCAUGCCGUAAGCGCAAAGCCAGAUGCGAGCUGCCAGAUAUCACUGUCCCCUCUUCGAUGGACCCCUUGCCAUACACGGUCAAGUGUCAUCGAUGCAAGACGCUCGAUACGGAUUGUAUCGUCUGGGAUGGCGAUCGCAAGAUGAAGGGCGAUCGUCCGGCAAGGUACGGGCCGCCUCAGGACAAGAUUGCUGCCAGCAAAGGUCGCUCCACUUCUCGCACAAAUGCCAGUGCAGGCCGCUCACCUCUCACCGAGCAUGCUGACGGCAGCGGCGAUUCUGAUGCUGCUCGUAGGAAGCGAAAGGCUGCUUCGCUCGUUGCAAAUUCCAACCGACAUACCGCACCUUUGCAAUUCUCCAUGCGCGAGCCUCAUCUUCAGGACGGCUACGAACAAGCUGUGCCCAACCUUCGUACCAUUGCCCCUGUCCCUGCGACUGAACAACCCCGUACGCGCCAUUGGGCUGCCACUACGGAGGACAUGAUCGACACUAUAGGCCCAUGGUCUGAUGCAGACGAGAACUCAGGCGCCAGGCAGGCGACCAAUGACUCCUCCUCUCGGCCAACUUCCAAAAGCAGCUCAGUCUCGGGCCCACACGCCGCCAAUCACACGACAUCGGACGAAAGGCUCCUCUCGAAGGCAGUAACUUUGGCAAGCUCCCAACACCGUCUCUCAUCUGAAAAGGCAAAAGGCGGCCGCUCCGAUGCGACUAGCAGUUCCGUCAAGAGCAAAGCAGAAGCAUCUGGACUGAAGAUGAAUGCACGCGACUACCGGAUGAAGCUGAUGAAUGCAACUGGCAGAAACGCAGCACUGAUGUCCGAGAUCAUCUACGGCGCACCAGAAUAUCGAGCUCGUGCCCGCGAGGGAGAGACUGUCGCUUACGCCUAUCGAGGUGUGCCGGUGGUGGAUGAGGGAACGGUCCCACGAGACAAAGUCGAGGCUCUCAUUCGAGCCCAUCCCUUUCUCAAUCCUGAGCUGGUCAACUCGGUCCCGGAAGAUGCUGAUCCUGCUUCAGGCCGGGUGUUCCUCAGCAACGUGGUCAACUACCUUUGUCUCAAGCCCAAUCCGCCACCGGAUCUGACAUCCUUUGUGAUCCGGCAUUCCUCAAUACAUGUGAUCAUGCAGUCUCGCAACCGAGAGACCUGUCAGGCUCUAUUGCUGUUGGUACUCUACGAACCAUCGGAUCUGCAGUUGGGAAAGCCUGCACAUGAUGUCGACGUUCAGCUGGAUCACUGUCCAGGGCAUCACUUGUACCAAGCGGCAAUGAAUUGCGCACUCUCCCUCGGCUUGGACAGGGUGAUCCCCAAUCUUUCCACUGGGCCAGACGCCUUGGAUCCAAACUCUCCUCUGCAACAGAGGAUGAGCAAGCUACGAGACGCCGCUCUCUGGUUGACCGUCAGCGGCAUGGGCGUUAGUCAGGCAUUCUCAAGCACAAGGCCUCAAUUGCCGCCCCUCUUCCCUUCGAUGGCUGACAUCGACGCGUUUCAGGACGCCAUCCAACCGCUUCUGUCUGCCUCAACAAAAGACAACGCAGCGCUUGCAUCAGUAUAUCACAAUAGGGAUACUCGGCAAAAGUCCGAAGCCUCCUCUGCAUCCGACACUCCUCAUCCACCUCUGACCUACCAAGCUUUGGCAAUGUCUCUCCACAUCCUGAGUCGACGUGCCAGAACGAGCUUACAAGUGCGCACUUACUGGAACGAAUUGAAUCCCUACGACUUCUGCGACGCCAAGAACAUCAUGUCGUUUGGGAGAAUCCUCGUGACCAUGACGAUUGAUGUAUUGGAGACGCAACUGCGCAACAAAUCAGAGCUCGAGGAGCUCCAAGCACUGAUCAGCAAGGCAUCUGUCUCGAGACCUGCCACCUCAAGCGGAGCUAGUGACCAGAAUUCGAAGGAUCCGAUCCUCAAUAUCUUGCUCAAAUGGGCAGAGAUCGAAGCACUGGAGACAAUCGCGGGUCUCAAUACACGCGUCUUGUUCUUUGUUAUCAUGACACUGGCACUGAAACAGCAUCGGCUCUCCAAACUUGCCGCCUACGAGGGUUUCGACACGCUUCAGCCAGAGCAAGCUGACAUGAUUGCCGAAGUGGCCGAGUGGACAAGCUGGGUCAACGAGAGGCUACUGCGUCUCGCCAGCAGUUUGCUUCCGCUACCUCCUACCGGCUCGGAUCCGCGAAGAGCCAAGCAAGCAGAGAAACUCGAGUCAAGCCCGGCACUUGCCGACUAUCAGCACUCAUCUCGAUAUCUGCAUCUCAUACCUCACUUUCAAUUCAGUGCAGUCGUCUUCGUCGCAGCCAAGCAGAGUGUGGAACACAAGCUAUUCGUCGCCUUUGGUAGCGGAGAUCUUGGCUCUGGAAACAAGACCAUGCUUGCUGUCUUUGGACGUGCUGUUCAAGGCCUCGUCACCUUAGCUCAGGGAGAUCGACUGAGUGUUCCUGCGAUUGUCGGCAAUGUCCUGCGCGAGUUCGCCAGGAGGUAUGCGAAUAUCGUCAAGAAGACCGAAGAGGUAGCUGCGCGUGACAAGAAUAGAGACGGUAGCAGCAAGAAGGGCAGCAGCAAGAAUGCGGGCUUGCCGAAUGCGGGAGGCUUCCAUCGCAAAGGAGGUGACACAGCAAGUUCUCGGUUCGCUGUACGGUGCGCCAAUGCCGUUGAGCGGGUACGAAUGGUCUUUGGGGACCCUGCGCACUGGCCCCCGGGUCGUAAGCUCAGCGGAAAUGGUGAGAUCCCAUUGGCUAGCGAGAAGACGGAAGCUGCACGGAAAGGGGGCCGCCCCGGUGAUGUCGAUGUCAAGUUGAACAGCAAGCUCUUUGACGACGGCAGGAGCGUCGCGAAUACCUCCACGUCGCAGCAGCAGCAGCAGCAACAGCAACAACAGCCCCAGCCCCAGCCCCAGCAGCAACAGCAGGCCGCGCUGCCGCUUCCCUUUGACGCUCCUUGGGAUCAGCAACAGCAGCAAGCACAGCAGCAGCAAUACCCUCGAUAUGACCUACAGAUGUCGAUGCAGACAGAUGACUUUCAGCCUUCACCCCCAAUUCUCGAAGGAAGCGUCAGCAUCACCGACUAUGACAGCCGCUUCCCUACAUUCACUGAAACUUAUCUCUACGACGACCUUGGGGGAGGGACAGCUGGUGAGCAGAACGGCAUCGCGCCCCCUUUCUUCUCCUUGGGUGACUAUACCCAUGCCGCCUUGGACCACCUGCUUGGCACUUUGGACAACGAGUUCAUGGGAUUCCCAAUCGACUUGCAAGCUCAAGAUGGAACGGGAGAUGAGGGAAGCAUUGUAGAGAGCAUUGUCAAUCAAUGGGAUGGGAGUUCUUUCAACAGUGAGAGUGGUCAGGACUUGCUCAGAGGAGGAGCGGGAGGUAGCGCUAUCCCUUCGGGAUAUGCAGCUCACUAUCCUCAAGCGCCCUCUUCUGCUAUAUACACCCACGAGCCCAUUGCUGCUGGCCCAGGUCCAAGCCCUGCAGCUUCUUCCUCGUACAGCAGCGACUUGUCCUCGGCUGCCAUCGCCAAUGGGCUCUCGAUUUCUCGGAUGAUUUCUAGCGGUACUUCCCAGCCUCUCCCAUCUCAGCCUCCGCAAGCCCAUCAACAUGUCCUCAACUCCCAGCCUGCGCCUUAUGCACACCAAGGCCCUCAUGGGCAGGCGAGUAGUCAAAGUCAAGGCCGAGGACCGCUUUCGGCAGGACUCUACAGUCCCAUUACUCCACUACAAAGCGCUUAUCUUUCCAUGGGGGCACAUCAAGCAUCUGCGUCCGCGCCUCCCGAGAGUGCGCCACUGAUCAGUUCCUAUGCCUACUAUGGCGAUGCGCGAAAGGGUACACAGAACGCUGGUGUAGGUCCAGCACUUUCAGAUGGAGGCAUAAACGAAGAGGCCAAGCUCGGUCCUUCGGGUGGGGGACAUUCUCUCCGACCUGACAAUGGAGGGUACUACGCUGCCUCUAUCGGUGCGGGAGGUGGAAGAGCGAACUCAUAUGGGAUGGGGUACGACAGCGCUGGAGGCGGCAGUGGCGGUGCCGAUGGCAUAGGAAGUGGAUUUAUGCAGCAUCAACAUCAACAACAACAACAACGUCAGCAGCAGCAGCAAGGAUACCAGCAUGCGGCUUCUCAGCAGUAUCAGCAGCAGCAUCAUCAGCAACAGCAGCAAGCUCGACAUAGGUAAAUCACCGAGCGCACCGCUGAACUUUCUACGUAUUCUUCGCAACGGAUCGCAGUGUCUCUGGAGAAAGAGUGAAGGAGUGAAGGGACCUGGAAGGGGGCAAGAGGCGCAAAGACGGCGCUCUCCGUUCCUCUCUGGAUUGGUAUGGAUGGACGGGGAUUCUACAGCAGAACUUUACUGCUUCGCACAUUUCCGUAUUCUUUUCGCAUUCGCAUCUUCGCAAUUUCUGUACCUCGUUACCCUUGCCUUUUCCCCUCGUCUUGUAGCAUACAAUGCGUUUUCACACUUGAAGAUACAGUAGCGCUUUGUGCGACUUUGAUUGUCAAGCGGC